AUGCUUGAUUAUGAUUAUUUGAAGAUUGUUGUUGGAGGUGGAGUGUCUAGCGGGAAUAGUUCUAUAGCAUCAGACCUUGAGGAUACUGACGCAGCAACUUUUGAGCAAGAAAGUGAAAGUUUUGGAAUGGAAGGGUUUUCAUAUGAUCCCAAUAGUGAUACAUUCAUAGCACCAGAUCACUAUGAACCACCGUACCAACCUCCAUCACCUCACCAACCUACUCCACCACCCCAUUUUUCUUUAGAUUCAGAGGUUCCUAUUGAAAAACGAAAUCGCCAUAAGAGAAAUAGAUUCGAGUACGAAAGGAUUUAUGGCGUUGUUGGGAUAAAAAAUCAAGGACCUGCUAUGGAAAACCUUUCUUCUAGCGUUGGGAUUAUUGUUGUGCACUUUGAAAAGAUGUCUAACAUGAUGGAGAAAAGAGAACAGGACAGAGAGCUGAAGAAUAAUAUUUGGGAUAUUAUAAAAGAUAUUCCAAAUUUAGAUGACAAAAGUUGUUUCAAGAUUGUUGAAUUAAUGAAGUCUAAAGCAAAUAAGGACCUUUUCUUGAAGAUGUCACUGGAAGACCGCUUGUCUUGGAUAAAAUUUAAGUUAGGGAACGAUUAA